AUGGGCUCGCUGUGGUGUCGACGCCGGGUAUACAUGAAAGGGACAGCUGGGUGGCAACCUCUAGGCAGAUCUCUUGGUGCCAUACCUCUCGACGUGGGCCAUGACCUUAAGGAUGUCAUCGAGGAGCCUCAUCCUUUUGCCGUGCUGAGCUUCGAGGAGUACUUGCGGUGGUACGUCCCGCGUACACGUACAUGGGUCACCUACACCCCAAAUAUUAUCCGACAACACGUUACGUCGACUACGGAGGCCUACCCAGGCCAUUGGGACGAGGACGCUGCAUUAGAGGCUGAUAUCAUUUAUGAUAUCCAUAGGGAAGUAGCUGGAACCAUGGACAGCCUUAGGCAAGGGGUGCAGCUUAGUAUGGCGGAUGUAGUGGGGUUUGUCAAGCGGGUUUUCAACAAGACCGCACGGGCCCUGAAGCUUACCUCUUGUCGAUCCACCGCAGACGUUGCUGGUGCUCCUGCCAGGUCGAGUGGGGUACACGCAGAGUCGUCCAGGAGGUCCGAUGUGCAACGUCGUCCACCGGGACCGACAUCCACACUGCCACCUGGACCACGCCCUCCAUGCCCGGACACAACAGGUUACUAUGAUGAUGAAGCCGGGCUGUCUACAUCUGCACCUCGACCGUUUGCACAUCCACCGUUCGGAGCUCCACCGUUCGCACCCUACUACGGCACUCAUGCCUGGCCAUCUACUGCUGCACCUGCAUACCAUACAUGCCCCUCGAGUGAGUAUACAUGGACGACGGCGGAACCUUCGCAGUCGUCAUACCCAAGUCAGGAGGAUGAGCCUAGGCUAGACCCCCUGUUCAACCUCGUGAGGGACUUCUUCGGGGCCACAUCGGACUACGAUGUCGUCGUAUAG